CUUUACUAUUGCAUAAUGCUUAAAUUAUGGAUCGGGCCUAGGGCUUGCAGGACAUUAGGGGGUUUUUUGAAGAAUUCCCAGUCCAGUAUUGACUUUUGUGACUCGGAGACAGAUGACAGAAGCCAUGCGAAGCCUUUGGAUGAAUUUUCCUUAUCGGAUCUUGUGCAGGAGCGCUGUAUAGUUUUUGUCUGUUCAACUACAGGCCAAGGCGAAGAGCCUGACAACAUGAAGAGCUUCUGGAAGCUGUUGUUGAAGAGGAGUUUGCCGUGCAAUUUACUGGGCAAUCUCAGGUUUGCUGUUAUUGGUCUUGGCGACUCCAGUUAUGCAAAGUUCAAUUUCGUUGCCAAACGACUGCAGAAAAGGCUGUCGCAGUUGGGGGGCCAGUCGUUACUGCCUUUGGGACUAGCGGACGAUCAGCACGAUUUGGGGUACGAUGCUGUGGCGGACCUCUGGAUGCAAAACUUAUGGACCAAGUUGCUGGAAGACUAUCCAUUGCCAGCAGGCGUUCGCCCUUUGUCCAAGAAUCUCCCAAUUAAUCCAAGAUGGACUGUAACCAGCGAGGCAAAAUUCUUAGAGCCCCCAACCGAGCCCGGUAGAAUUCGCUCAAUUUUCUACUCCACGAAGCGUAGCAAUGAGUUUAAUGCCAAAGUUCUGGAAAAUUCCCGCCAGACCGAUCCGUCGCACUUCCAGGACGUUCGAUUGAUCAGGUUUCAGACUGAAGGCCAAGAAUACGCUCCAGGCGAUCUGCUAGUUUUGAGGCCCAAAAACCUGGCUUGGAAAGUGAAGGAAUUCAAAGACGCGCUAGCUGAGAGCAAAGUUUCGAUCCCAGACAGCGCUUUGGUCCAACUGAGUGAAACUAGUGAAAACACCCCGGUGCCGGAUGCGCUGAAAGCCGAAGUAACGUUCCAGCAACUGUGCGAAGAGUACUUUGAUUUGUUCGCAAUUCCCCGAAGGAGAGUUUUCCAAUUACUCUCCCAAAUAACGGACAGCGAUCUAGAAAAAGAGAAAUGCUUAGAAUUCUGCUCCGCCGAAGGCCAGCAGGACAUGUACUCGUACACUAGCCGACCACGACGGAACACUGUGGAGGUUUUGCGGGAUUUUCCCCAUGCCACUAAGAACAUCACUUUGGACGUCCUUUUUGAGAUAUUCCCCCCGAUCAAACCCAGGGAGUUUUCCAUUGCCAGCAGCUUCAAGGCGGUCAAGAACGAAGUUCACAUUCUAGUGGCAGUAGUGAAAUAUAAAACCAAUCUAAAAACGGAAAGAAUUGGCUUAUGUUCAAACUACUUGGCGGAUUUGAGCGCUGGCGACCAAGUCGCCACUUGGAUCAAGCCUGGAUGCUUCAAGUUUCCCCAAACCCUGGAUAUGUACAGGACAAAAUCCGAGAACACGGCCACGCUGUUUGGCAGGCGCUCGAGCGAAAAGCUUCCAUUUUCGUAGCUGGCAAUUCCAAAAACAUGCCGCAGCAAGUCAGGCAAGCCUUUAUGGACGUUUGCGUUCAACAUGGGCAACUUUCAGAGUUGGAAGCGGCUCAGCUGAUGGAACGAAUGGAAAAAGCCAGCCGAUACCAAACCGAAUGUUGGUCGUAAACCGUUUUUUUUUGGUGGCUGGGAGGUAGAAGUAAUUAGACCUUUGUACCAUUUU